AUUUUCUUUUAAUUAGCUCUAUGAAUACUUGUUAAUUUUUAAUGGAAGUUCUGGGAGCUUGCAAACCCAAUCUCCAGCUAGUUAGUGCGUUUGUUCCGGCUGCUGCUGCUGCUUAUCGGCGGCAGCUCACGUGUCGACUCCUUGUGAAUUUCCCCUGAGUCUGUCGUUAGAUAAAUGCCAGAUAAAGUUAACACCCUGCUGCACGGGUAGCAACCACCAUCCGAAGGACGCAGCUCCACUCGGCACUCGGCAUGCGGCAAGCGCGUUUUAGUUACAGUUGGACUCGCGUGCCGUGCAAAACGUAGCAACAAAAUCCGGAAUCCGGAAACCGGAAAAAUUCGAAAAAGUACGUUUCAUUCGCGGCGGCGAUAAAAAGUGAAUUUGCAUGCCCGUAUCUUUGAGAUACAUUUCGUCUAAUCGAUGUGGUGUUAGAAACAAGAUAUAUUGCCCUCGCAAUCCAAAUCUCAAUUGCCAAGCAGCUAAUUACGAGCAUGUCCAUUGCACAACAGCAAAAGCCACAGCAACACGAGACGGCAUUGCCUUCAAUGGACUGCCAAAGUGAAAACCGAGUACCAGAAAACUCAAUUAGGAAUGUUGCAAAAACACAGACAACAUUGUCGGCCAAACCGCAGCCAGUUUCAGCUACAGCUCCAGCUCUGGCCAAGCAGCAGCAGCCGCAGACGCAGUACGUCAUAAAUUCAGCGCCAAUGCAUGCCAAGGCGACCACCGCGGGGGUCAUCACCGGCGGCACGCUCCAUCUGCAUCGAGUGAAAAGUGCGCAGAAACUUUAUGCUAGAGCCAUUUAUGAUAAUCAAGCCGACGAUCCGGACGAGCUGCCCUUCAAGAAGGGCGACAUCCUCACAGUCAUCGAACAGAACACCGAAGGCAUCGAGGGCUGGUGGCUCUGCUCGCUGCGCAACCGACAGGGUCUUUGCCCCGGCAACCGGUUACGCAUCUUGAACUCGUACGAUUCGGGCUGUUUCUCACCAUCGCCGGCCAGUUCGCCAAUACCCUCGCUGGCGGCCAGUACGGCCACUUUGAACAGUUCCAUCUGCUCGGCGGAGAUCUAUGAGAACGGUUCCAUCAUCAGCGCAUCGGGUGCAUCUGGCAGCAAUGCGGACAGCCAAUCCACAGGCUCAACCUCAUCCAACGGCCAGGGCCGCGGUGCACGCAGAUCGUGGCAUGUCUCGCCGAACAAGGUCAUAACGCCGCAGCGGCACGGGGAUGUGUACAUCUACAACAGCUCGCCGGGAACAUUGUGUGGAGCGCCGCGUUCACCGCAUCCUCAGCAGAUUUACGGCAACCAAAGCAUCUAUCAGAACCUUGGCAUGAUGAUGGGCACACCGAAUGGCAAUGGCAAUGGUAACGGGAGCGAGUUCGAGACCUACGACAUACCCAAGCCGGCGACGCCCGUGCCCCUCAACUAUGAUUGUCCGGGCAGGCAGGGCGUGCGAACGCCCACAACGGGCUCAGCGCUGGGCGCCCGAUUCGAUUCGCUCAAGAGCGUCGGCGCUUCCAUGUCCAUUGAGGAGGAGUCCUACGAUGUGCCACGGCCACUGCUGCAACAGCAGCAGCAGCAGCAGCAGCAGCAACACACGCUGACACCCAGCAGUUCGGCAUCCUCGCUGCUGACCAGCGACAGCCUGUCGCUGAGCUUCUCCAGCUCCAAUCGCAGCUCGCUGGCCAACAUGCCGGACUAUGAUAUACCGCGCCGUAAUCCUUUGCCCGUGCGGCCACAUCAGCGGCCGCAUGCCGCCAGCUACGACUUUCCGCUGCUGCCGCCGCUCCAGGAGCAGGAUCAGCAGCAGCAGCAGCGCAUGUCAACCCACCAGCCCACCAAUGGCAGCCAAGCGCUGAGCAGCACCAAGGAGCUGCCGCUGGAGCUGAACUCGGCGCUGGAAACGCUGGCCAAACUGCAGUCGCAGACGACGCAGGCCAUAACGCGGCUGCUCAGCUUUGUGGUGCCGCAUUGGCGCACCCGAGCACAGCUGGAGCCGCACAUUAUGGAACUGCGGCUGGCUGCGCUGCGUCUGCGCACCGCGCUGCACGAUCUGGCCGAGUUUGGCGAGGGUGCGCUGGGCAAUGCGCAGCGUUCCGAAGACAGGAAUUUGGCCCUCAAGCUGCGGCCGUUGGUGCGUGCCCUGCGCGAUGCAAACAAGCUCAUCCGGGACUCCUCCGAGGCGUUGGAUGCACAGGGCGGCGGCUGGUCCGUUGAGCAGUUGGCGCGCAGCGAUGAGAAGCACGGCUGCCGGCCACCCGAUAGUCUGGAUCAGCUGAUGGCCUGCGCCCAGACACUCACCGAGGAUGUGCGUUCCACGACCAGCUUCAUUCAGGGCAAUGCCUCGCUGCUGUUCAAGCGCCAGCUGCCCGCAGAGCAGGCCGGCUCACAGAAUGGCAGCAGUCGCGCCAGCGCCGAGUGGCUGGAGGACUACGACUAUGUGGCCUUCGAGUCCAAGGAUGCGGCUGCCAAAAAGAAUCAGGCUCUGCGGGAUGCCAUACCUGCCGGCCUCAAGACCCAGUUCGAUUGUGCGCUCAAGAUUGCCGAGUGCACGGCCAUGGGCACGCCGGUGCCCACGGCGGUGCCCACAACGCCCACAGCUGCGCCCAACAAGUCGCCGGAGAUGACGGACAAGGACAAGAAGGUGGUGCGCUACUAUGCCCAGCAGAUCACCACGCAUAUGGGCAAUCUGCUGCAGGCGAUCGAUUCGUUCCUGGAGACGGUGGAGAAGAAUCAGCCGCCGAAGUUUUUCAUCGCCUACGGCAAGUUUGUUGUGGUCAGCGCACAUAAUCUGGUUAGCAUUGGUGACGAUGUGCAUCGCAAUAUCUCCAAGGAGGCGUUGCGCGAGAAGAUCCUGCAUUGCACCAAUGCACUCUCCGAUGCGCUCAAGACCUGCGUGCUCAAGUCCAAGAAGGCGGCGGCACAUUUCCCCAGCGGCAGUGCCGUCCAAGAAAUGGUCGACUCCGUGGUGCACAUCAAUAAUCUGGCGCGUGAUCUCAAGACGGUGAUGCUGCAGGCCGUUAAAUUGUCCGCCGGAGAUGGCGCCUGAAUUGAUAGCUGUGCCUUGAGGCGACGGUCCUAAGCAGACAGUAUUUCGUAGGCUUCCAAGGUCUUCCAGGCAGGCAGCUGGCAAUGUUCCUUACUCUGGUAACCACGCUUUGACUAUGCAAUAAACCCAACAGCAUCCCCGCACGCAUCGAUCCUCGAGAUAUAUAUAGAUAUAUAUAUAGAUAUGAAUACAUAUAUCAUUUGCAUUGUGAUAUUUUGGAACAAACAUCAGAAAAAUGCACAUCCCCCGAUAUCAUAUAUAUAUGUGUACAUGGAUCACGCAUAUGUAUAUAUAUUUUGCGAUAAAUAUGCAUAAUAAUUACGAUUACGAUUACGAAUACGAUAACGAUUACAUUUAGCGUAUAUUUAUUGUUUUUGAAGUUAAGUCUCUGUAAAUAGCACUCCUUAAUAUUUAAAUCUAGGUUUCCUUUUGUACAUUUCUAUUUCAAAAUGCGGCACACGCAAAAUUAUGUUGUAUCAGUAAAGCAUUUCAGCAGAUAAUAUUAUGUAUGUAGUAUAUCAUAGAAAUAGCUUUAACGCUUCGUAUACCCAUAACUAAUAAUAAUACGCAAACCUAGCAUGUAGCCGAAAAACAUACAUAUAUACACAUACAUAGUCAAAAUCUGUAAGAUUUGCAAAAAACAUUUUCGUUUGCGCAAGGCAAUAGUCAGCAAUAUACAAGAAAAAUAAUAAUUAGCCAUACCAUACUGUUCGUAACAAAUAAAUAUUAUUACGCGAUUUAACUUAAGCGCAGACUAUAAAUGAAUAGUAAUAAAAAUAAUAUAUAUUAAAUAAUUGUCACUUGUUGCAAACUGAUUAA